AUGGGAGAUUAUGAAAAAGAACAGAGCCGUCUGCAAGCCAUUUGGGAUGAGAUUAUGUCUGAUGAGGACAAUGAAAGCGAAUUUGCCGAUGUUUAUUUGUCAGAAAAAUAUGAACCUGAAUCUUCCAAUAAGUAUUCUUCUGAUGGUUGCGAGGAGCCAGUUCAAAAAAGGCGUAUCAAGAAAAAUGAUAAAAGAUCUGGCGAAGGUACUUCUAAUGUGGUUUCUGCAACCAUGGAUUUGGAAUCUGGUUCACAUGAAACUAAUUCAAUCCAAAGGAGAAGGACUGUUGAACAAGAAACAAAUAUUAUUGAUGUAACUAUACAAGAAAAAAGGGGUGGCGAUGUUAGUAGACCAAAAAAAGAAACAUAA